AUGCAGAGGGGAGGGCGUAAGGUAGAAACGUGUUCCCUGCUUUGGUGUCAUGCUCAUGCUUCUCCGUAUUCUGCAGAGAUCGAGAGCCAGGGCAGCAAAGCGAGGGUGUACGGUGAGAUGCUGCAUGUGGACAUACCCUUUCCCAUUCCUGAGCCUGAUGGAUGCAAGUCUGGAAUCCAGUGCCCCAUUCAGAAGGGCCAUUCCUACAGCUACCUGAAUAAACUCCCUGUGAAGAGCGAGUACCCCAGUAUUAAACUGAUUGUGAAGUGGGAGCUGGUGGAUGACCAGGACCAGAUGUUGUUCUGCUGGAAGAUACCAGUACAGAUCACCAGCUGAGGAGUCCUGCCAUUAGUAGGGCUUGGGGAGGGGAAGAACAGAAGAGAACACAGGCCAAAUUCUUUUUAUAUAAUAAGCAUUUCUUACUGCUUUCUUCAGAGCUCUG